UGUGUGUGUUGGCAACAGUGGUGCAUCAGCUGGCCAGUGGAGACACACUAUAGCGUCCUUCAAGGGAGCUACGGGAGGGUGUCUUGUAUCCUUCAGGACCUGCCACGGCCUCUACCUCCGCCGCUGCCAUGGACUCCACAACAAACAAACGCCGGGUGUUUGGGCACCAGCGAUCCCCCUCGAUGGAGUUCAAGGAGCUCACCAAGAAGGAUGCACAGGUUCAGCUCACCCAUGAACUGCAGAAGCUGAGCACCACGUGUCCACAGCCCAUGAGGGAGAGUGUGCAGCUGGACUUUGAUGGGUUCGAAAAGCUCUUCAGUCGCUUCAUCAAUGAGUCAGGGCCGUCCGUUGAGUGGGACAGGAUCCAGAAACUCCCCGAGGCUGCUGUGACGUAUUACUCCGAGCUUCACCCGCCAGAGGGAAGCACCAUAAAGGAGCUCCUCAACAAGCUGGUGGUGGUGAAGCUCAAUGGUGGCCUGGGAACCUCCAUGGGGUGUCAGGGGCCCAAGUCCAUCAUUCCCGUACGAUCUGAACUGACCUUCCUCGACUUGACUGUCCAGCAGAUUGAGCAUCUGAACAAGACCUAUGGCUGCACUGUCCCUCUGGUGCUAAUGAACUCCUUCAACACUGAUGAAGACACCCAGAAGGUCAUCCGCAAGUACCAAGGCUUCCAGGUUAAGACAUACACAUUCAACCAAUCCCGGUAUCCUCGCAUCAACAAGGAGUCGCUCAUGCCCAUCGCCAAGACUGCAGGGAAUGACUUUGAUCUUGAAGCGUGGUACCCUCCUGGUCACGGUGACUUCUACCAGUCUUUCAAGAACUCAGGUCUCCUUCAGGAAUUUCUCAAUCAGGGGAAGGAAUAUGUGUUCAUCAGCAAUAUUGACAAUCUUGGGGCGACAGUGGACCUUCGCAUCUUGAGCUUCCUGCUGCAGGGAGACAACUCUAACAAGUGUGAAUUCUUGAUGGAGGUGACAGACAAGACUAGAGCUGAUGUUAAGGGAGGUACGCUCAUUCAAUAUGAAGAGAAACUGAGGCUGCUUGAGAUCGCACAAGUACCCAAAGAACACGUAGAUGACUUUAAAUCCGUUAAGACAUUCAAGAUCUUCAACACCAAUAACUUGUGGAUCAGCUUGAAGGCAAUGAGUCAGAUCCUGGACGAGGGCACGAUGGACAUGGAGGUGAUCAUCAACCACAAACACCUGGACAACGGGCUCAACAUCAUCCAGCUGGAGCAAGCCGUCGGUGCUGCCGUCAAGUCAUUCAACGGAGCCGUGGGUAUUAAUGUGCCACGAUCAAGGUUCCUGCCGGUGAAGAAGACUGAUGACCUCCUGCUGGUGAUGAGUAACCUGUACCGCCUCCAGCAGGGUUCCCUCGUUAUGUCUCCGCUGCGCAUGUUUGAAACCACACCUCUCGUCAAGCUUGGACCUAAUCACUUCGGCCGUGUCAAGGAAUUCUUGCGUCGGUUUGCCUCCAUCCCAGACAUGCUAGAACUGGAUCACCUCACUGUGUCUGGAGAUGUCACGUUUGGGAAAGGGGUCAGCCUCAAGGGUACAGUCAUCAUCAUUGCUAACCACGGUGACCGGAUAGACAUUCCUCCCGGCGCCAUCCUGGAGAACAAGAUUGUGUCCGGCAACCUUAGGAUCCUUGACCACUAGACACUGUUAGGUCCUCCUCCCCACCUAUCCAAUCCUCCCCCACUCACCUGAGAUGCGUUACCUGGCCGAGGUACGUUGACGACACCAGUGUAUUGUUGAGAAUUGAUUGUUUUGUAUUAAGUUUAUGGUUGAAGUAUAUAUAACACAGUCUGUAAAAAAGAGUCUACCUGUCUAUCUCUGUCCAUAGAACCAUAGUUAAGUCUCUCCUUUCUUUUGUCACUGCCAUUUUUCUGCCACGGCACUCACACAAACCCAGUGCCAAAAGGGUUACAAAGAUGGUCGGUCACGUUGAAGUCUUGUGAGUCCACUUCCUCUAGUCAGGCGCUCGGCAUGCUCUAUAUUUCUAUCCUUAAGGAGGCUAAGCUUGUAGAGGAACCUAAAGAGAAUAAAAUGCAGCUGCAACUUUGGAA